AUGGGCAACCAAUCUUCCAAAGAUGCCGGCGCCACAUCUUCUUCCAAAGCUGCCGGCAAUGGCGAGGAGAAUUUCCAAUCCUACCCAUCCUUCAGCAGGUCCGACACGAGAGAAUCCUCGCGCUCGUUCCGCUCUCUGCGCUCCAAAAUUCCCGGUUCGGGCAAGACGGACAGUCCCAGGGGCUCUGCUAUCCUUGCGAACGGGGAGACGCUUGAAAAGUCGGAUGCGGGGUCAGUCAGGUCUGGGCGGAGCGGUAGGUCGUCGCAGACCCGCGCUAGUCGCGCCGAUUCACUCUCGUCACCGACCUCACCUUCGUCUGUGGACACGGCCGUCCUGAACUCGCCUCAGCUGGAUGAUGCGCCUCCGCCAUCUCCCGUGCAAUCGGCCUCCAUCAUGGCGGGGCAUCGUGAUGUCUCUGCCGCCCAGGCUAGCGGAGAAGUAGACCACGUUUCGGACCAGCCGCCCAGUGGCGCUGCUAACUCCAACCCGUCUUCACAGCAGCCGGGACAAAGCAUUCUCGUGAAGCGUGAGGAUGCAGUCAACCUCGUUUCGGACACGUCACCGCAGGAAUCUGUAAAGGAGGAAGUUGCUUCUGGCAUAGCGAUGAGUGAGAUCAAGGACAUCGACCUCGACGACUUCAUCAAGCGUCUCUUGGAUGCUGCCUAUGCCGGCAAGGUCACCAAGAGUGUCUGCCUCAAGAAUGCCGAGAUAACAGCCAUCUGCCAUCGUGCCCGGGAGUGCUUCCUUUCCCAGCCAGCCCUUCUCGAAUUGGAUGCUCCUGUCAAAAUUGUUGGGGACGUCCACGGUCAGUACACGGACCUCAUCCGCAUGUUUGAGAUGUGUGGCUUCCCGCCAAGUACCAAUUACUUGUUCCUUGGUGACUACGUGGACCGUGGGAAACAGUCUCUGGAGACAAUUUUGCUUCUGCUCUGCUAUAAGCUCAAGUACCCGGAGAAUUUCUUCCUGCUCCGUGGCAACCAUGAAUGCGCCAACGUCACGCGCGUCUACGGCUUCUACGAUGAAUGCAAGCGGCGGUGUAACGUGAAGAUCUGGAAAACCUUCAUCGACACGUUCAACACGCUCCCAAUUGCUGCCAUUGUCGCUGCGAAGAUCUUUUGUGUUCAUGGAGGCCUGUCCCCGGCACUUAGUCACAUGGACGACAUUCGGAACAUCGCACGCCCAACGGAUGUCCCUGACUACGGGUUGUUGAACGACCUACUCUGGUCCGACCCUGCUGAUAUGGAACAGGACUGGGAGGCAAACGAACGAGGCGUCAGCUACUGUUUCGGCAAAAAAGUCAUUACGGACUUCCUAGCAACCAACGACUUCGACCUUGUUUGCCGAGCGCACAUGGUUGUCGAGGAUGGCUACGAGUUUUUCACCGAUCGUGUCCUAGUCACUGUCUUCAGUGCACCUAAUUACUGUGGAGAGUUUGACAAUUGGGGCGCCGUUAUGUCCGUGUCUACAGAGCUUCUCUGCAGCUUUGAACUCCUGAAGCCACUGGAUUCCAAUGCUCUCAAGAACCACAUCAAGAAGGGCAGAAACAAGAGGAAUCAGAUACUCAACAGUCCACCCGCGAAUGUUUACCCCCAGAGCGUCUAA